AUGCUGGACUGGAGAUUGGCAAGUGCACAUUUCAUCCUGGCUGUGACACUGACACUGUGGAACUCAGGAAAAGUCCUCUCCGUAGAUGUAACAACAACAGAGGCCUUUGAUUCUGGAGUCAUAGAUGUGCAGUCAACACCCACAGUCAGGGAAGAGAAAUCAGCCACUGAUCUGACAGCAAAGCUCUUGCUUCUUGAUGAAUUGGUGUCCCUAGAAAAUGAUGUGAUUGAGACAAAGAAGAAAAGGAGUUUCUCUGGUUUUGGGUCUCCCCUUGACAGACUCUCAGCUGGCUCUGUAGAUCACAAAGGUAAACAGAGGAAAGUAGUAGAUCAUCCAAAAAGGCGAUUUGGUAUCCCCAUGGAUCGGAUUGGUAGAAACCGGCUUUCAAAUUCCAGAGGCUAAUUGAUUCCAAUUAUGCCACUUCCUUGGUGAAAUGUCACAGAAACGUGGAAGAUGCUUCACUAAAGUUAUUCACACUUCCUAAUGAUUAAAUUUUCAAGGAACUGACCUUCUGCAAAUGCUUUCCAAAGCUUGAACUUCAG